UUUCUUUCUAACUCUUACUCAUUUUAAUUUAGAGGGUCUAAUAUGCCAAGCCCAUUAAACUCACAGGCCGUAUGUCGUGAUCCGACCCAGCUCACUAUUACAAUUGGGUUUGGGCCAGUAUCUAGCUAACCGACCCGUUUGACAUCUCUUGCCGGAUAAACACGCGAAGCUGCUUGGCGAUCAUGCAAAUCGCCAGCAUCACCAAAACCAGAUCAGACGCGCCAGUUCAAUCACACAGGCCGCGGGCAUGCCCAUUCCAGUGACAAUUUACAGGACAUUCACCCUCUAUAUAUAUUCUUUCAAUGACCACCAUCCUAACCACUUAUUUUGUUCGUUCAUAAGCUCUCAUUUCUCAACUUCUCUUCAUACUUAGAAUUCUUGUUUCCUUCGGAAGACAAACUAAGUUGGGCUGGGGUGUCGUAUAAGUAAGUGAUCGUUGUGAGAGGGUAGUGGUAUAUUUGGUUUUGUGAAGUAAUGGAAAGGAAUGGUGUGGUUUUGUGGAGUUUCACUUUCUUGUGUUUGGGGCUCAUUAGUAAUGUGCUAGUAGAAGCUACCAGAGGGAGGCUUCCAAGUGAUUUGGGGUUCGGAAUGGAAACUAGCCAUACCAAAAUGGCUGGUCAUCAAGUGCGCCCUACUACUAGUGGUUACGAAGGAGAAGGCUAUGGCUCUGGUGGUGGUGGUGGUGGUGGUUUUGGGAUUGGGGGUGGAGUAGGUAAGGGCUACGGUCCUGGUGGGGGCUUUGGCUCUGGAGGCGGCAUGGGUUCAGGCGGUGGUUUCGGUUCAGGUGGUGGAGCGGGCAGUGGUUUCGGCUCCGGGUCUGGUGGUGGAGGAAACGGUUACCGCACAGGCUCAGGUUCGGGAUAUGGUAGUGGCGGUGGUGGUGGUGGUGGUGGUGGUAGCGGCAGCGUCGGCGGCGGCGGAGGGUAUGGUUCUGGCUCUGGAUAAGGACUGGGUACAACCGACAACGAGGGUCGAGGUGCUCAUAAAGAAUUACUUAUUUUGUUUUGUUGUUCCGAGGGAAGAAUAACCGUCAUUUAAGUUCUCACCCUCUUUAUCUUUCUUGGCUUGUCAUUAGUAUUUUAGUAGUUUGGACCGUCUUCUGACUAUGACAAAUAAAGCAUCGACUUUGCCUUGACGAAAUGAUAAUUUCACAUU